UGACAGUUGAACAGUCGCGCGAGCGAGAGCCUUGGUGGAGGAUGGCGUAGUCGCGAGCCCGCCGCGCUUGGCCGCGUAACGAACUGUUUGUGUCGCUCGCAACAGUUUGCGCUUGUGCAUCCGAUUUGCACCGCGAGUGCGUGUUGUGGUUGUGCGUGUGCCAGCGCAGCGCCGUGCCCGUGGAUGUGCCGGCCGCACCAUGGCGUUGCUGUGGACUGUUUUGAGCGUGUCUACAUCACUGUUGUUGACACCAUGCCUCAUGUUUCUGCUAGCCAUCAUGUUCUUGGCCUCCAUGGGCAAGUCCCUGGGCGUCCGCAGGCUCUACGUCAAGACGCUGCUCAAGAUAUUUGAGUACGGGCGAGAGAGCAUCGAAAUCGCCAAGAGGCAGAGCCAGACGAACGAGGAGCGGAAGGCUGCCGAGGCUGCCGAGGGGCGCAAGGCGCUUCUCAACGGCAACGCCACGCCGGUCUCGGAUUCGCCUUCGCCCCAAGACCCCUCACCGCAUGGCGACAACGGCCACAAGCAGGACGGGGUCCUUGUCAACAGCUCGCACGUCAUCAGUCACGAUCUCAUACUGCAGCCUGACCCAGAGCUCAACUACAAUGGAGUUCAGAGUGACUCAGACAAGGAUAAGGAUGAGGUGGAGUUGCCAAGAAGAAGCUCCGAGGACAAAUUGAAGCGAGACUUUGAAUUAUCAGAUUGUUUUGAGUUUGUCAAGGCAGGCGUGGAGGCUAUUAUUGAAGAUCAAGUUACAUCAAGAUUUGAGGCAGAAGAACUGAGGUCCUGGAACUUGUUAACUCGUACUAACAGAAGAUAUGAAUUUAUUAGUUGGAGAUUGACCGUUAUUUGGAUGUCUGGAUUUGUGAUGAGAUACUUUUUCCUCUUCCCAUUGCGAGUUUUAAUUUGCUUCUUUGGGUUAUUGUGGACUUUGAUUGGUACUGGUUUGGUGGGUUUAAUACCUGACUGUGCAUUAAAACGAAUAUUGAAUAAUUGGGUGAUGCUAACAUGUUUCCGGAUUUUGGCACGAUCACUAUCUUCGAGUCUAACAUACCACAACCUUGAGUUAAUGCCCAAAUCGGGCGGAGUGUGUGUUGCUAAUCACACCAGUCCCAUUGAUGUAGUUAUUUUGGGCACCAUGACCACAUUUGCGUUGGUCAUGUGGCUCACCAUAUGUACAAGUAUUGUUGGGUAUGUCCCUGAAGGGAAGUUCAAGAGGUGGUUGAACAGGCGUGUGUCUAUUAUGUGCUUUGGUGUCUUGUCAAAUGCAUUGUCGGCUGUCAUUACGUAUCACAAUGUAGAUAACCGCCCCCAGUAUGGCAUUUGUGUUGCAAACCAUACCUCUCCCAUUGAUGUCCUUGUUCUUGCCUGUGACAACUGCUACUCCUUGAUUGGUCAACGACAUGGAGGGUUUUUGGGCAUUUUGCAAAGAGCUCUUGCCAGAGCUUCCCCACACAUAUGGUUUGAGAGAGGUGAAGUGAAAGAUCGCACAGCUGUAACCCAGAGAUUGAAGAAACAUGUUUCGGAUCCCAACAAUCCUCCAAUUCUUAUUUUCCCCGAAGGUACUUGCAUCAACAAUACUUCUGUAAUGCAAUUUAAGAAAGGCAGCUUUGAAGUAAAAGGAGCCAUCUACCCAGUUGCUAUUAAGUAUGAUCCUAGAUUUGGUGAUGCUUUUUGGAACAGUAGCCGAUAUUCAAUGAUGCAAUAUCUUUACAUGAUGAUGACUAGUUGGGCAAUAGUUUGCGACGUCUGGUAUUUACCUCCUGUAAUUAGGGAAGAAGGAGAGUCUGCGGUUUCCUUUGCUAGCAGAGUGAAAAGAGAAAUCGCAAAGCAAGGUGGUCUUGUUGACCUGAUGUGGGAUGGUCAACUGAAGAGAUCAAAACCCAAACCAGAGUGGAAAGAAAGGCAGCAGGAAGAGUUCAGCAAACGACUGAAGGUUGAGUAAAUUUGUUAAUUUUGGACUGUAACAUCAUACCUCCAACCUGAAAAUGUGACCUUUUGGCCUUUUCAAUUUGUGAUAAUUUUGAUAUGUGUGUGAAUGUGUGUGUCUGUGAGUAAUUGUGUGUGCGUAUGACUGUGUGUGUGGGGGGAGGGGGGGGGGUGUACAUACGAAAUUGAGUGUGUGGGAGGUAGAGAGACAGAAUGUGUGUGUACAAGGGCAAACUCUUCUUGAGAACUCUUUAGGAUCAUAUCAAAAUUUUGAUUUCUUUUAGAUAUUGUAAGGACAAAAUCUUACAUAAGUCAUGAUCAAAGUUGUUAAGUGUUUGCAAUAGUUGCAUUAUUCCUUACCCCAGAUUGCUUAUCAGUUGUGUACAAAUAUUGUUGAUAUAUUCAUCCUAAGUUAUGACGGGAUAAUUAAAUCAUAUCAUUAAAUUACUGCUUUUAUGGCAUCUGCUUACAAGUUGUAGGCCUUGGUAUCUUGGGUUAUUCACUGCACUUAAGAGGACUGGCGAUUACCACCAGAAGAUUUAAAUUAAAUGCAUAAUUAGCAGGCUAUUAAGACUGAGGUCCUUCUUCUUUUUCAUUGUUAAAUUGUAACUUAGAAUGUGUGUUUGUGAAUGAAUGUAAUUUAUUUUUUAAUUGAUGAAGUGGUGCGUAACUGAAACACUUGUCACACAUGAAUUUUGCUGUCAUAGUAUUGUUAGCAUUAAUUCUCUGUAUUAGCUAUAGGUGUGAGAUACCCAUAUAUCAAUGUCUUCUGCAGGGAUCUUGCUCAAAGUGUCACAUCAUCUUUGCGUUGAGGAAGCAUCUUUUGUAGUUUUACCAUUGAAACCCCUUCAUGUUGCCCUGAAACGAAGUAGUCAUUGUGUGCUUCUAUAUGGAGGAUUGCUUGUAACGAACACUCACAAUACUCCACAUAUUGUAUACUUGUGAAGCAUUUGGUUGCAAAUGCUAUUUUUCUUUCGGCAGUUUUCUCUCUGCCAAUGACUGAAUUGAUUAUUUCUUUAUGGCCAACCUAUUAUUAUGGAUUUCUGCGUUAUAUACCAAAUUGCCAUGCAUGAGGUAUGUAUCUUGUUAACUUUGCCAAUCAAUUCUUUUAGAAAAAAACAAAAACAAAACAACAAACUAAUAAUAAGAACUCAAGAUUUGUAAUUUUAUUUGCACAAUAUGUACCAAGAGUAAAAAAGAGUAAGGGUAGCAACAUCACAUUAGAUCAAUUAACUUUAGAUGGGACACUUUGAUUUGUUAUUAUUUAAGUCUUGAAUGUGCAGGUGACUUGUAGCACCCUGCAUUGAGAAAAGGGUGCAUGUUAUGAAUGUUCCUUGCCCACAGAAUGGUUGCAGCAGUCAUUGACAUUUUUAACUUACAGUAGUAUCAGCUUUAAGUUGUUACCCUUUUCUUCAUAAAUUGUUAGUAAGUGUCUUUUACAGUCAUUUUAUGUCUUCACUUCUUUUGUCAUACCUACUGUGGAUGUUUUUAUUGACCUGAGUCUGUGUUCAGGAAGCUAAAGCAACAUUUUCUGUACUGCUUUCUUUUUCCUUUCAAUGAAGUAUUUGUUAAUUUUAUAUACGAAACCAGUCUUUUGAAACUAAGUGGUUUGGUCCAUUUUGAACCCAGCCUUGAAUUCUUCUGGGUUAUAACGCAUGUACGUUACAUGAAGUUACAUCCAUGAAAAUGGUCUUCCAAGUUCGGAGAAUUUCCUUAAUUUCCUACACUUAAAGUAUCCAUAGUUUUCUUCCUCUAUCGUCUGUUUUGCAUUCAUGAUGGUGUAACUACUGUACUCUGAAGAUUAAGGAAUUCUUUUCUUCCUAUUUUCCAGUUUCAAGCUUUCAUGCCAGAGACUGUAUUACAAGUGUUCUGAUCUUGCUUUCUUUGUAACAAUCUGAAAGCAUUUAAAUAAUGCCUUUAAGGGAGUGCAUAACCUACCAGGGAUCGAAAUGUGAUUUUAGUCCAAGCGUAUUGAUAACAAGAGUGGUUAGUGAUCAUGAGUCGUGCAGUUAUUGGUUUCAUGUUUCUCUAAUGAAUUAUUUUUUUACUUUCACAGAGGCAUGUAUUAUAUUUAUGUCCAGGAACUGUGUUCUUUGACUUAAAGCUUUCAUUAUUAUCAUGACCCUUGAGUUAGUCAUAUUAAGAGGUUGUGCAUUUAGCAUCAGUUAUGUUAGAGCUUUGACCACCUCCUUGUGAAGUGUAUCAGAUUUUAAGUAGAACAUCCAUGUUCGUUUUUGAGUUAGUGUGUAGUCGCUUUUGCCUUUGAGGCAGUUAUCCUGUGAUAAAACUUGUGUGUAACAUAGCAAUGAAUCGUUACUUUACCGAUGACUAAUUACUGUGUAAUUCUAGCAAACGAAUUUGCACCUUUUGAGACAUAUGGAGACAAUAAUAGUCUAGUCCCUCCUCGUAUGGAAAUGUAUGAUAUUCUGCUGCUAAGUCUUUCCAUGAUGUACUUUGUCUCAUGAAGUAAACAUUUAAAAGAA